GUUAACGGAGAUAAGAGGUUGUGCAUGUUUUUUUCGCGCGAGUGCGGCAACCGAACGGCGUGAGCGCCACGACGUAGCCAUCAAGCCAUCCAUCCAUUCGCUCCUCGCCGGCUCGCGCGCCUGGCGGUCGCCUCACGUCGCCACGCGAUAUUAUAAUUACCAAUGUUUCUAUGUAAAUAUCGUUGCAGGGCACCAACUAUACGUACAAAAUAAAUCAUAACGACGGAAGAAGCGACAAGGAUAUUUCAAAAUGGACAAGGAUCACGCUUUAGAGGAGAUGAUGGGAAAACUGGGGGAUUUCGGACGGUACCAGUGCUUCCAAUUCAUACUGCACAUCCUGGCCGCCAUGACUGCCGGUAUGCACAUGCUCUCGCUCGUCACAGUCGCAGCAGUGCCAGAACAUAGGUGUGCACUGCAAGACGGAGAUACAAAUUUCUUUACACCGCCGAAUUCUACAAUAUUGCUGCUGAACAAUCAAACGAAUAAAGCGGAAUCUUGCAGGAUGUACGAAAACGACACCAUAGUGGAGUGCGAAUCUUGGGUAUACAACACAAAGUAUUACACCUCGUCCCGAGCCAUCGAAUGGGACUUCGUUUGCAGCCAGCGAUGGAUGGGAGCGUCUGCGCAGACAGCUUAUAUGUUCGGAGUCAUCGUAGGCUCCCUUGUGCUCGGCAGGAUGUGUGACAAAUUCGGAAGAAAAGCAGUGUUCGUGGCUGCGGGAGUGUUGCAACUAGUCUUUGGGGCCGCAGUAGCAUUUACAACACAAUAUUACACUUUUGUGGUUGUCAGAUUCCUGUACGGUAUCUUCGGGUCCGGAUCUUACAUAGCCGGAUUUGUGCUAACCAUGGAGCUAGUUGGACCAUCUAAACGCACAAUCUGCGGCGUAACUUUCCAAAUAAUGUUUGCAGUCGGCAUAAUGCUUCUGGCAGCUUGGGGAUAUCUUAUUGACAACAGAUUUUAUUUACAAAUCGUUUACGCGCUACAUGCUGUCAUUUUACUCCCACAUUGGUUCUUGAUGGAUGAAUCUCCUAGGUGGCUUUGGGCUCAGGGCCGCGCUCGUGAGUCAGUGGCUAUCGUAGAGAAGGCGCUUAAAAUUAACAGAUCGAUUGAAACUGUAGAUACACCUCAGCUAGUGUCCCACUGCAAAGCCACGUGUGCCAAGUACACUGACGAACACUCAGCUGGGACCUCCGACUUGUUCAAGACUCCAAACAUGCUAAAAAAAUCUUUAAUCAUUUGUGGUUGCUGGUUCGCUAAUUCCGUUGUGUAUUAUGGUCUCUCUCUAAAUACCGGUAAACUGGAAGGCAACCCAUAUUUUAUCACGUUCUUAAUGGGAGUAGUAGAGUUGCCUAGUUAUGUCAUCAUAGUGUACUUUUUGGAUAGAGUCGGGCAUAGAGCGCUUAUUAGCACUAUGAUGUUACUAGGCGGAAUUUCGUGCCUCGUCGUAGCCGCGCUGCCUCACGGAUCUACGUCGACCACCGGUAUCGUCAUGGUGGGAAAAUUGUUUAUUUCUGGUUCAUACUCCAUAAUUUAUAAAUACUCUGCUGAACUUUUCCCUACCGUGGUUCGGAGCUCCGGCGUAGGACUUGGCAGUAUGUGCGCGAGUGUGUCAGGCGCCUUAACACCAUUAAUAUCUUUACUCGACACUUUAAACCCGAAGAUCCCAACUAUCAUAUUUGGCUUUUUGGCCUUGCUUUCUGGAGCUUCUACAUUCUUCUUGCCCGAAACUAUCGGACGGAAUCUGCCACAGUCGCUGGAGGACGGCGAGAAGUUCGGCGUUGGCGACACAUGUUUCACAAAUUGCAGCGGCAAGCGAAUGAGCGAAGCUCCGAUCGAUUUACCAGAAACUAUGGUUCCCCUAGAAGCUAUUAAGAAGAACUAAUAAUUACAAUCAUAAUCGAUUAAAUAACCUUGCCACAACGCUGUCUAGAAAUUAGGCUAAGUUUAGAUUGUAAUUUUUUUAUUGUCUUGGUUUCUUAGGUAGUACUUAGUACUUAACUACUAACUAUUGUCUCUCCUUACGUAUUUUUUAGGCAGAAGAGUUAGUUAUAAUAUUUAUAAUUAUAAGUAACUGACAGACUUUACAGUAUCAAAUACUACUUAUGGGUGAAGUUUUUUUUACGUUUACUUCAUUGUAGUCAUUUUACAUUAGAAUUAGAUAUUAUUAUUAUUAAAUAUCUAGUCAAUGUUAAGAUACUUUGUCGCUUAUCUGACAGUAACAACGAUUAAAUCAUGUUUGUGAAAUCCGUUCAUGUGGCAAUGAUAAUAAAUACUACUACAGUGCAUUUAUUUUAAUCAAAUGACUGGUUUAAAGAAAAGUUUAAUAGCCCAGUGUAGUUUUAAUUUGUUUCUACUAUAACCUGGAUCUCUGCAAUUUAUGUGCACAGUUUAUAUACAAUUUAAAACUGUUAUUCUCGCUCGUGUGUUCUUUUUAUGUUACAUUGUAUUGUUAUGUUUGUAUGUAACCUUUAAGAUUUUAAUCUACCUGUAUAGGGUACCUAUCUUAACAAAUAGGUAAUUACCUAAAUACGUCUCAUAUACAUAUACUUAACCAAAUAAUAAACUAUUCAUUAGAUUUCCAAGAUUCUCCACGUAAUUAUAAAACAGGUUGAUGUGAUUUGAGAAAACUAUUGUGCCUACCUACCUGCUUUCCUUUAUGUCGCUUUACGCCUUGGGGUGGCGUAAAGCGACAUCUACCCAAGGACUGUUUCAUCUUUAACGGCAACGGAGUCUAAAGUU